AAAAUCUUUCUUUGCUUCGUCGGAUGCUUUAGAUUUCUAUCCGUUCGUAGGUUGGGAUAGAAAAUGAACCUGGACGGAGGUCCACUUUCACCGCUGUCGCCGACAGUAAAAUCUUUCUCUUCUUCUCUCCUCUCCUCCCAACCUAUUAGAUCCUGAAGAUCCCUCCCCAGGUUCUCCUCUCCGGAUCUCUAGGCCCGUCGUCUCCACCGCCUCCUACGAUUCCAAGGUGGUUAUAGAUGGUGAUAUUACCCUGAUGAGGCUCUCUAGAUGAAGAUAGCACAGGCGUGGCUGCUAGGCACUGGGGACCUGAAAAUCAUGCCGGUGGCUCGCCAUAGAAACCUAUCGAAAAGGCCUCUAUGGAUUAUUGCCCUUGUAGCUUUGGUAUGUGUGGCGCUGACUGGGGCUUAUGUUUAUCCACCUCAACAUCGUCCACCUUGCUUUGGUUGUGGUCCUCGUGAGGAUUGGUAUCCUCCUGUACCUGCUAGAAUCUACACUGAUGAUGAGCUUGCUGCUCGUGUUGUCAUUAGAGACAUUCUUUCAAUGCCAUCUAUUCCAUCAAAGAAUCCCAAAAUUGCUUUUAUGUUCCUGAGUCCGGGUUCAUUGCCUUUCGAAAAGCUUUGGGAGAAAUUCUUCCUGGGUCAUGAAGGCAGAUUUUCUAUUUAUGUGCAUGCGUCAAGGGAGAAACCAGUACAUGUCAGUCCUUUAUUUAUCGGCAGAGACAUACGCAGUGAUAAGGUGGCCUGGGGGAAAAUUUCCAUGGUUGAUGCGGAGAAGAGAUUGUUGGCAAAUGCACUCCAAGACACUGACAAUCAGCAUUUUGUGUUGCUUUCUGAGAGCUGUAUACCAUUACACAAUUUUGAUUAUGUAUAUAGUUAUCUGAUGGAAACAAAUAUCAGCUUUAUUGACUGUUUCAACGAUCCUGGCCCACAUGGAGUAGGCAGAUAUUCGGAGCAUAUGUCGCCUGUGAUUGAAAAGAAAGACUGGAGGAAAGGUGCACAGUGGUUUUCAGUCAAGCGGAAACAUGCUGUGCUGAUUCUGGCUGACAGCCUUUACUACACAAACUUGAAGCUUUAUUGUAGGCCAGGUUUUGAAGGGCGCUAUUGCUACUCUGAUGAACAUUAUUUGCCAACUCUUUUGCAUAUAUUUGAUCCUACUGGAAUUGCAAAUUGGUCUGUGACUCAUGUAGAUUGGUCUGAAGGAAAGUGGCAUCCAAAAUCAUAUAAGGCUCAGGAUGUCACUUUUGAGCUCCUGAAGAAUAUUACAUCUAUUGAUAUGAGCGUACAUAUUGCAAGUAAUAAAAGGAAGGAAGAGCUGAAGAGACCUUGCAUAUGGAACGGAUCAAAGAGGCCAUGUUUUUUAUUUGCCAGAAAAUUUCUCCCUGAAACGCUUGAUAGUUUGAUGAAUUUGUUCUCCAAUUUUACAGCUCUAUCUGAAUGAACAAUGAACUUAUCCUUCUUGGGCAAAGCAUUCAGCCUCUGUCCCUCACCCUUCAGUUCCAAAUCUGAUACGUACAUCAUGUAUAUAUGAAACUGCUAGCGGAUCUAUGAUGCCAAUCUGGUUACUAGAACGGUCGGAGAGACUGUUGGAGCAUGAGUGAUGGCCUGAGUUCUCCGAGUGCUCGAGUAGGGCCGAGGUGGCUGCCAACUCAGUGCCACUCUACCCUCUGUUUAAUUUGUUUCCAUAAUUUUUCUUUUUCCAUUUUAAUCAAUAGCUUUCUUUUGUUAUCCGCUUCAUGUAAGAUUUUUUUAAUUUUUGUUCUCAUUGGUUGUUCUCUUGGAACAAAAAAUUCUGUUUAGCCUAUCUAACGGUGGUAAGAUGAUCUAUUGUUGCAGA